AAAACCACUUAGCUGUAGACUCCUGAGCAGAAGUUCACCUUCCUGGGAACAACUCUAACACAAGUCUUUUCCACCAUGAGCCUCAGACCUGACGCCACCUCCUCAUAUACCGUGCCCAGCCCGCUUCCUGUCCUACAGGUAUUGCUGCUGAUGUCACUGCUCCUGACGAUGCUGGUUCCCUCCACCAAUGGAAAAUUUAGCAGUAAAGAGAGAUUGCUACAUGUUGAACUUCGCUGCUUGUGUGUGAAGACCACCUCUGGCAUUCAUUCCAGUAACAUCCAAAGUUUGGAGGUCCACAGGGCAGGACCCCACUGCAACGAAGUCGAAGUAAUAGCCGAGUUGAAGAAUGGGAAGAAAAUCUGCCUGAAUCCGGAAGCCCCCCGAAUCAAGAAAAUAGUCCAGAAAAUAUUGGAAGAUGCCGAAUUCUGCAGAUGUGUCUGUUUCCGCACCGCGGUUCCCCACCCUCCACCCCAAGCUUCCGAAGAAGCGGGCAGAUGGCGGGGAUAAAACGGGUCUUGAGAGGGUGGGGAACCACGAGUCUGCGGAGCUCCAGCCCUGCAGCCCGUGCGCUGGCUCUCGGCUCCGGCUGGCACUCCUGAGCGCGAUGAACCCGGCAGUCGGACCCCGCGCCUCCCGCCCGCGGUCCAGCCCAGGGCUGCUGCUCCUGGGGCUGCUGCUCCUGCCGGCCAUCGCCCUGGCCCAAGAGUCGUCAUUCCCUGCCACCUUCGUCCCGCUCCCAGCGGACUCUGAAGGUGGAGAGCCUGGGGACCUCCAAUGCGUGUGCCUGAAGACCACUUCGGGGAUUCACCCCAGGCACAUCUCCAGCUUGGAAGUGAUCGGGGCCGGGCUCCACUGCCCCAGCCCCCAACUGAUAGCUACGCUGAAGACGGGGAGGAAAAUUUGCCUGGACCAGCAGAAUCCUCUGUAUAAGAAAAUAAUCAAGAGGCUUGUGAAGAGUUAGUUGCCUAAAUCUCUACUUUUGCUAUAGAAAAUGUUUCUUCUUCUUUUUUAAAUUUUCAAUCUACUUGUGGAAAACAAAUCAUCUAAUGUUUUUAUUGUUCUUGAAACUCUACAUAAAUAAAAGAAAUGAAGUUUUGAUAGCAUGCCUCAAUAGAGCAAAGAAAUAACGUUGACAUCACAAUUUCAUAUGAAGAAAAAUCUCCAGAAUUUUAAGCAAAAAUAUAUUUUGAAAGAAGAUUUGGUUUAAUAAAGACUGAUUUUACUUAGUAUAUGUUGGCUGAUAUAAUUUGCAUAUUUCCAUGAUUAUAUUUCUUAAUAACUACUUAUUUACCUAUUAAUGUCACAAUUAACUUUGCCAAUAAAUAUUAAUUGCACUUAAA